AAGAAACAAAUCGAUCCAAUUCACAUAAUAUAUAUUAAUCUUUUGCCAAACGCAAGAAGAUGGUGAUGGUGGAACCGAAAGCAAAUCUUCCUCAACAUUCCUUUAGCCUUCUAUACACAGCACUCCAAUCUCACUAUACAUAAAGCAAUCGACCCUCCUCUUUUUGUUGCCCCCCCAUUUUGUUCAUACUUUUUGCUCACAGAUCUCAUAUAAUCAUCAGAAUCUAUAAGCGCCCGAAUCCAAGAUACGCAGAUCUCGUACAUUAGCUUCGGAUUUUGCUACUUUUUUCUAGAUUUAGAUAGGAAUGCAAAAGGAAGUAACAAGAACAACAGUUUGUCAUUGUUUCACCACGGCACUCAACAAGUUAAAAAACCAGGGACAUCCACAUUUCUCUUCUACGGAUAUCUGCUGGGUAAUGGGGAAGUGUACAACAAAAGCAAACUAAAGGCUUAUCUGCAACAAAUUUGGGUCUUUUUGUAUCACGGCUGACCAUGUGGAGGUUCAAACCUUUUACAUCUAAAGAGCAAACUGGGAUUGAAGGUCGUGUAAUCGACAUUGGAAAUUUCAAAGUUCAGGUUCGUAAUGUCAUUGCAGAAGGUGGAUUCUCCUCUGUUUAUUCUGCUCGAGAUGCAAUACAUGGCUCCAAGCAGUAUGCACUAAAGCACAUCAUAUGUAAUGAUGAAGAAUUGUUAGAACUAGUAAUGAAGGAGAUCUCAGUUAUGAAAUCACUUAAAGGGCACCCCAAUAUUGUCACCCUUUAUGCCCAUACCAUCUUUGAUCUGGGUCGAACUAAGGAGGCUCUCCUCCUCAUGGAAUAUUGUGAGAAGUCUCUAGUUAAUGUGCUGGAGAAUCGGGGAGCUGGAUUCUUUGAGGAGAAGCAGAUCCUUGUAAUUUUCAGGGAUGUGUGCAAUGCUGUCUUUGCAAUGCACUGUCAGACUCCACCCAUUGCUCACAGAGAUUUGAAGGCAGAAAAUCUUUUACUGGGAUCUGAUGGACUUUGGAAAUUGUGUGAUUUUGGUAGUACAUCUACCAAUCAUAAACGCUUUGAGAAACCUGAAGAAAUGGGAAUUGAGGAAGAUAAUAUCAGGAAACACACUACGCCUGCAUAUAGAGCGCCCGAGAUGUGGGAUUUAUUUCGAAGAGAACUUAUAAAUGAGAAGGUAGACAUAUGGGCACUAGGUUGUCUCCUUUUCCGGAUAAGUUACUUCAAGUCAGCGUUUGAUGGUGAAUCAAAACUCCAAGUUUUAAACGGGAACUAUCGCAUUCCAGAUAUGCCAAAAUACAACAAGUCAAUCGUUGACCUUAUUAGAGAUAUGCUUCAAUCUUCUCCAGAUGACAGACCAGAUAUCACGCAGGUCUGGUUUCGUGUUAAUGGUCUAUUACCAGAGGAGUUACAGAAGUCAUUACCUGACGGACCUCCAGAAAUACAGCAACAGAGUACUGAUGUGCUCGGAGGCACGGCAAAGCCUUCAAAUAAGUCUAAUCCGAUGCCUCGUAGAAGUCCCCCACCUCCUCCCUCAACUGAAGUGCCUCAGAAUGUAUCGGCAUCUUCGAGUAAUCGAAAUACAGGUGGAAGCACAGGUCCUUUAGGUGCGUUCUGGACCACUCAGCAUGCCAAGGAUUCAGUGGGCCUGGAGGAGAAAACUAGGCCCAAAUAUGAUGAAGACUUAACCAGCCAUACAUCCUCCGGACAUGAGACUCGUCCAGCUUCCCAUGUAACCCCGCGAAAAACAGAAGAUCUUCAAAAGAAUUCACUGGGAAGAUCUGUCAAUAUGCCGGGGAACGGUCCUUCUCAGGACGUCAAAAUAAAUCUGUUCCCUGAUGAUUCAGAUUAUAAUACCGAAAGAUUCAAACAACCAAAACCAGAGGGCAAACUUACCUUUCAAAAUGAGAGAUUCAAUGCUUUUGCUGGUGAAUUGAGUACUACUAAAUCGAGUCCUGGCAGUGACAGUCAGAAAUCAUCACAGGAAGAGAUGUUAAAGGCUGAGGUAGAAAUGCUGAAAGAGCAGCUGUCACAUGUCAAUACGGAGAAGGCUGAGAUAACUUCCAAAUAUGAAAAGCUAUCUGCAAUUUGCAGAUCACAACGACAAGAGAUACAAGAACUUAAGCAAGGUCUUGCAGCAAGAACUCCACCGAAUAGAGAUUCCUCUAGAAACCUAGCAACGCCUGGAAGCCAAUUAUCUACCCCUACAGUAAAUGAAAAGAUUGAAGGAACCGUCUUGGAACUCCAACAGGGUUUCUUUGAUCGAAGAUCUCCAAGCCCAGAAUCUCAGCCGUGGCAGGCUUUCAUUGAUGUUUCCAAGCCACAGACGACUUCAUCAAAUGAUGCUCCUAAAUCUGUCAGAACAAGAAACAAUCACCAGAAUAGACAAGCUGUGGAAUUCGAUUCUGGUUCCAAUAAAUGGGGGUUUGAAGCAGAUAAUUUUAAGGCUGUUCCGGUCGCUAGCUCUCAGGUAAAUGUACCUGUUGGCGAACUGAAAAAUUCUAAACGCGUUGGUGAAUCAAAGAACAAGGAAAGCAAGUUGGGUUCCCAACCUAGUGGAUGGGCUGGUUUUUAGUGCAAACUAUUGCUGAGGGGAAAAGAAUGACUUUUGUCUAGCAUUUUGAAGGAAGAAAUCUGUGCGAUAAUUAAAAAAACAUACAAAAAAUGAAAAUGAUGAAAGAGGAUUGCUAUCAUGAUUUGUGUUGUUGUGUUUAAUUUGUUUUGUGGUUUUGGUUACAAAAUAGAACAAAUAUAUAUGAUACUUCUUUUGUUGAAGGAAAUAAUGGCGUGUUUGAUUACUUUUAAAUA